ACACUCUUCCCAUUUUCAUUGGUGCAUUAUGAAAUUAAGUGCUUGUGAUUGCCUCUCCAUUCAAAGGAAAUCUUGAAUUCCAAUUCUAAGUUCUGGCUUCUUGUAACCAAACCAAUGAAAGAGACUAAUGCUCUAGGAGAUUUCUUCAAGGGAAACACAAUUUCUGUGAAAAAGUAUGCACUUUCGUCUGAAGAACAGAACAAGCUUAUUUCUGCGAUACAUAAAACUCUAAAUGAUCACAACCAUGUUAUUGAGGAUGACAAGCUACAGUUAGUAAUAAACACAAUCAUGAAACAUGUCUUGACUGUUGGUUCUGCCAUAACAUGUGAAAGCAAUCAAUGGUGGAUUGGAGGCUUUCGUCCUUCUCAAAUUCUUCAGGUUAUUCUGCCUCAACUUCAACAUAUGUACACCCAGCAACAACUUAGUGAUAUUUAUAAUCUUGGACAAUCAUGCCAACAAGCAGAAUAUGCUCUUGCACAAGGCAUGGUAAAACUCAAGCAAAAUCUUGAUGAAACAACAACAGCAGAUGGCAAAGGGUUUCAAUUGAUGUAUGUACCUCAACAACUAAGCUUCUUUAAACAGGCUGAUAAUCUUCGCCAAGAAUUCUUGCAUCAAUUUUGUCGUCUCGUUACAAUUUCUCAGCAAGCUGAAUUUGUAGUUGCUCUCAAGGAACAUCUGCAUAAUCCGCAGCCUCGGAGCUCACUUUGAGGAUUCUCGAGAGCCAAGAGAAGUGAAACGAAACUAUAUAAAUAAAAUAAACUUAGUUUGCAUCCAAUUAAUUUGGUAUCAAUGUGUUGCAUCUAAUUAAUUUGGUAUCCAUGAAACAGAAUUGUAUUAUGAAAAUACUCUGGAGAGUGUCUUGCUUAUUCAUGUUUGUAAUUCAUGCCCAUAUUGAGGUUUAGUCUAUAUUUGUUUUUAUGGUGAAAUUUCAAUGAACACGCAUUCAAUAGUCA